AUGUCCCUCCUCACCUCCCUGCACGAGUAUCUCCUGGUGAAGAGCGUGGACCAGCAUCAGAAUGUCCGGCCCGUGGAGUUCCUGGACAACGAUUCCAUCCGACCGACCCCCGCGAAGGACCGCACCUGGACCCAUCUAACCUACAUCCUGUUCUGGUUCUCGGCCACCGCCAACGUCAGCAAUCUGUACGCCUCCUCCACCGGCCUCACCAUGGGCCUGAGUAUGUGGGAGUGCGUGGGCUGCACCUUCGGCGGCCAAUUCAUGGCGGGCUGCCUGAUGGCGUUCAAUGGCCGCGCGGGCGCCAUGUAUCGCAUCCCCUUCCCGGUCUUGUGUCGUGCGAGCUUCGGUCCCUGGGGGGCUCUCUGGCCGACCUUUAACCGGGCGGCCAUGAGCAUCGUCUGGAACGGGGUGAAUAUGGUCCAGGGGGGGCAGUGUCUCUAUGUCUUCCUCCACGCGAUAUUUCCCUCCAUCGCGAGAAUCCCCGAUCAUAUGGGAUCCAAGUCCGCCUUGACCUCGGCGCAGAUGAUAUGUUUCUUCGUGUAUUGGCUCAUCAACUGCGCGUUUCUGAUCGUCCCCGUCCCCAAGAUGAAAUCGCUGGUGUACAUCAAAGUCUUCGUAUACUACGGCGGUGCAUUCGCGAUGCUGGGCUGGGUGGUUUCCCUGGCCGGUGGAUCGCCCUCCUCUCUGGGUGCGCCGUCGAAGGUGCACGGCGAGGCGAAAAGCUGGUUGAUCUGUAAAUUCCUGUUUCUGGGCCUGGCCAGCUGCGGCACCUUCAUCUCCAACGCGGCCGAUCUGCAGCGGUACGCCCGCCAGCCGAGCGAUGUGAUUCUCGGCCAGAUCCUCAGUUUCCCCGUGUCUGGGCUGCUGGUGGCGGUGAUUGGCAAUGUCAUUGCAGCGAGCAGUGAGACUGUCUUCGGAGAGUUGAUUUGGAACCCGCUCAACUUCCUCGACAAGCUGAUGGAGGGUGAGAGAUACACACCUGGCAAUCGGGCCGCGUGUGCAUUCAUCUCGCUGGCCUUUGUCUACUCGACCGUCUUCUCGGCCAUCUUCGAGAACUCCAUCCCGGCCGGAAACGACAUCGCAGCUCUGCUACCCCGCUACAUCACCGUCAAACGAGGCUUUUUCAUAUGCGCCGUCCUCUCCUACGCCAUCUGCCCCUGGUACCUCCUCGCGACAGCCGCCGUCUUCAUCACCUUCCUCUCCUCGUACCAGAUCUUCCUCUCCGCCAUCGCCGGCAUCCUGCUCUGCGACUACUACGUCCUCCGACGGGGACUUCUCCACAUCCCGCAGCUGUACACGGCAAAUGCGAGCGGAAUCUACUACUUCUUCCACGGGUUCAACCUGCGCGGCUUCUGCGCGUAUCUCGUGGCCAUCGCGCCGAACUUUUAUGGUUUCCUGAACCAGAUGGGCGUGGCGGCACCGCUGGGGAUUAGGAGGUUCUAUUUCGUUGCGUAUCCGGUUGGGUUGUUGGUUGCGUUUGGGGUGUAUUAUCUGGCGUGUUUGAUCUGGCCGAUGGAGGGUGUGGAGGUGACGAGGGAGUGGAAGGAGCCGGAGGAUUACUGGGAUGAGUAUGAUCCGGAUCGAGUGGAGGGGGUGGAGGGGGUGCCAGCCACUAUCGGAGUACGAUCCGAAACAACAGCGAACUCUGCAUAG